AUGAUGGACUCGAAUGAUGCCACGAAUGGAAUCGUACACGGAGGAAAGACGACGCGCAUGGUACUUGCACCCAACGUAAACGAUAGACUGCCUACCUCCGAAGCCCUACCGAUCCGCGUGGGUAGGGUGCAGCAGAUGUGGAAAGGCUUCGAGAAACAGCUGGUUGCGUACAAUCUUGAGGCGCGCGGUAUACAACGCGUGGAAACCGAUGAGCGACAUGAUUUGCGCGCUCUGGGAUAUUCCCAGGUCGCUAUCAUGUGGUUCUCGGUCAAUCUGGCAGCCAACAAUAUUACACUGGGCAUGCUGGGCCCAGCUGUAUUUGCGCUGGGCUUCGUCGACAGCUGUCUGUUGAGCGUAUUUGGUGCGCUCGUAGGGUCUAUGGUGGUCGCGUACAUUGCAACCUUUGGCCCGAAAAGUGGCAACAGGACCAUGAUCUUCUCGCGGUACAGCAUGGGAUGGUGGCCUUCCAAGAUCGUCGUCAUCCUAAACAUCAUCGUCCUUCUCGGAUACGGCAUGAUUGAUUGCGUUGUCGCUGGCCAGAUCCUGUCCGCGGUGUCGGGCAACACCAUGUCUGUUGUAGUUGGCAUCAUCCUCGUUGCAGUCAUCGCUUGGGCCAUCACCACCUUUGGUUACCAGAUCUUCCACUACUACGAGCGCUGGGCGUGGCUGCCGCAGCUCAUUGUGCUUUGCAUCUUGGCCGGUGUUGCUGGACCUCAGUUCAACAUCUCUGCUGCCUCGCAUGGUGACGAGAAUCCGGACACCAUCAUUGGCAACAGGAUUAGCUUCUUCGGCCUCACCCUUGCGGCAGCUAUCACCUACGGCGGCGGUGCAGCUGACUAUUUCGUUUACUAUCCCGAACACGCCUCCUCUAUCAGGAUCUUUGGUAUGACCCUGUUUGGCCUUAUCUGCAGCUUUGCUUUUGCCUUUGUCCUCGGCAUUGGCCUGGCCUGUGGAAUGCUGGUUAACACUGAGUGGAAAGCAGCAUAUGGUACUUCGCAGGGCGCACUCAUCGUCGAAGCGUAUCGGCCCUUGGGCGUCUUUGGCUCCUUCUGCGGCGUCUUAGUUGCGCUCGGCCUUGUCGCCAACCUCAUUGUGCCCACCUACUCGUCUGGAAUCGACGCGCAAAUCCUCGGCCGCUGGGCUGGUUUCGUGCCUCGCGUAAUCUGGAACACAAUCGGCGUUAUCAUCUACACGGUAUGCGCACUCGCCGGACGCGCUCACCUUGCUGGAAUAUUUACGAAUUUCCUUGCGCUGAUGGGAUACUGGGUAUCGAUUUGGAUCGCCAUUGUGCUUGAGGAACAUCUCAUCUUCCGCAGGAAGACGGGCUGGAAUUGGGAUGUGUGGAACCAGCAGAAGAAGCUGCCACUGGGGAUUGCAGCAUUCGUUGCAUUCGUCAUAGGCUGGGUGGGCGCGAUCUUGUGCAUGGCACAGGUCUGGUAUUAUGGACCGAUUGCGCGUCUCGUGGGUACCUAUGGCGCUGACCUGGGCAACUAUGUUGGCUUUGCAUGGGCUGCGCUGGUGUACCCGCCGUUGAGGGUGUUGGAAAUCAAGAAAUCUGGCAGGUGA